UAGGUCGGCCAUUUCCUCUUCGUUUCAUUGGCAGUGAAAAAUUUUGAAUAAUUUUGUCUUAAUCCUCAUCUACUGAUUUCAGUCUGAAUCAAAAUGUCAAGACGAGGAGGUCGAGGAAAAGCACAUCACAAAGGCAGAAGACGUCAUUUUACCGAUGCAGAGGAGCUGCAAAGGGAGAUGGAAAGGGAUAAAAGAAGGCAGGAGGAGAAAGAAGGUGAUGGUUCAGAUGAAGAAGGUGCUGCUGCAGAUAAACACGAGGCCAGCAGUGAGGAGGAAUCUGACAGUGAAGAAGAGGUUAAACCAAAAGGUGUAAGUGGUCUCAUAGAGAUAGAAAAUCCCAACAGAGUCACUUCAAAAACAAAAAAGGCCUCAGACUUAACAAAUGAUGAUAGUAGUACUGUGCAACUAUCUCGAAGAGAGAGGGAAGAGAUUGAACGGCAGCGUAAUGCAGCGAGAAUGAGAAAACUUCAAGAAGAAGGGAAAACAGACCAGGCCAAGGCCGAUUUGGCACGACUAGCAGUCAUACGAAGGCAAAGAGAAGAAGCCGCACGAAAAAAAGAAGAUCAGAAAAAAGCAAAAGAAGCUGCCGAGGCUGCCAAAAAUGCCAAACGAUGAUAGAGGCCUAUUUAAAGGUGCACUGUCCUGUUGUGAGAGCAUUUAGGAUAACAGAAGUGAAGGAGUGAUGGCAGACAUGGACAGAUUCGGUGCAGAUAAUCGUAUUUUUCGUACAAAUGUAAAGUACUGAAACAAAAUGCUCGUAAACCAGAAGUAAAUUUGAUACAUGUACCUAAA